AUGCCGCCCCGAUCGUCUUUGACAUCAUCCUUCUCAAUUACCGAUGCGAACAAUGAAGUCGUCUGUCCACUGCGCAAUCAGGAUGGAUCAAGCUGUAGGAAGCGCUGCGUCGGCGAGAAAAGGUACCGCUCCAUGCAGGAACACAUCCGCCGAGCGCAUCCAGAGCACUACAUUUCCAAGCUUCCCGCCACGGAGGAGAGCUUCCAUCUGAUGAUCAACACACCACCAAGUGAGAGGCCACCACAACCGCAGCAGAACCCGGCGCCGACCAAUGCUCCAAACCACCAGGCAAAGGCCUAUGCACCCGACCGCAAUGCAUAUUACCGAGACGAAUCUAGCAAUCCUGGAACUCCUCGGCAAUAUGAAGAUUACCCGGGCGGCUUGCUGCCAGCUGCAACAAAUGCGGCCGCGGCGCUGGCUUCCCUGCACAACUACAAGACGGGCACUGGAUCGGACUGGGACGCUGAAGGCGAGUGGGUGUCGGAUUCUGAGAAAGAUAGAAUGCCGAGAUCCUCCGUCGAGCUCCCUCCCUUACAGCCCAACAAUACUGCCAUCACGAGUGAGCCUUUCUCUGGGCUUAGUUCUAGCCGGCCAAGAGAUCUGCUCUCCUCAAUCAUGGCAACCUCGCCUCCAGGGCGAUCUUCCACCCUGCCUCCCCUUCAAAGGCCCCUGGGGCCGAACCGGUCCAGGAAACAGUCCGUCACCAAGCGGGGCAGAGAGACACAGCACCGGAAGCAGCGGUCCAGAGACGCGAAAGACUGGGUGAAGCGAGGUAAGAUCGACAUUGCUGGGGACCUUCUACAACCAACGGCACAGGAGCGGCCAAGGCCGUACUCGGCCGAGCCAACGGCUCGAUCACCCUGGAUGGACCUCCUUGAGGCGGCCACAUCGGUUGCCGAUGACCUGAACGAGGAACGGACGCCGAUGCCCCAGUCUCCUGUGUCUAUACAGCGAGCUUCUUUGCCGCCCUUCUCCCAACAGCAGUUUGGCCAGUCAGGAUACCAGGCGUCCCCCUUGCAGCAGGCCUUGACGCCGCCCAACUACGCGCAAGAAAUUCCUGGGCCCUUCCCAUCCGUGGAGAGCGGCGAGAGUGCAGAGAGCUUUCACAUGGGUACUCAUGGAUUGACAGAUUCCUCACCCAGCUACUCCUCACAGAACACUCAGAUAUACUGUGCUGCCUGCCAGAGUGUUUCCCUUUUACGAGACUCGUACGCCUGUACGGAAUGCAUCUGUGGCAUCUGUCAGCAGUGUGUCGAGGUUCUCAUGGCCGAGCAAGGUGCCCGAAGAAAGUGUCCUCGCUGCGCCACGAUAGGUGGUCGAUUCAAGCCUUUCCAGCUCGAUAUUCGCUAA